AUUUUUAACAAUUCAGCAAAAGUUAUAUUUUUUUUAAUUUUAAUAACAGGAACCUUCAUUACUGUCUCAUCUAAUUCUUGAUUAGGUGCAUGAAUAGGGUUAGAAAUCAAUUUAUUAUCAUUUAUCCCCCUAAUAAAUAAUAAUAAUUUGAUAUCUACAGAAGCCUCAUUAAAAUACUUUUUAACCCAAGCCAUAGCCUCCGCAGUUCUACUAUUCGCCAUUAUAAUAAAUUACUUAGGCAACCACCCAUUAAUUCAAGAUAGCCCUACCUAUAAUAGCUUGAUAAUUACUUCAUCGCUAUUAUUAAAAAGAGGUGCUGCACCGUUUCAUUUUUGAUUCCCUAAUGUUAUAGAAGGACUAUCCUGAAUAAAUGCACUCACUCUAAUAACAUGGCAAAAAAUCGCGCCCCUAGUAUUAAUUUCUUAUACAACACUAAACAAUACCUUUUUAGUAGCAACUAUCGCCUCAACUAUCGUAGGAUCCCUAGGUGGGUUAAACCAAACCUCCCUACGAAAAUUAAUAGCUUAUUCAUCAAUUAAUCAUCUAGGGUGAAUACUAGCAGCUAUGCAAGCAAACGAAUCAAUAUGAUGUGUAUACUUCUCAUUUUAUACAUUCUUAUCCUUCAGCUUAACUUUUAUAUUCAACAAUUUCAAAAUAUCCCAUAUUAACCAGCUAUUUAAUUCAUUUUUCGAAUCAAAAAUCCUUAAAUUCACCCUAUUUUUAAAUUUAUUAUCAUUAGGGGGAUUGCCCCCGUUCAUCGGGUUCUUACCUAAAUGACUAGUUAUUCAGUCUCUAGUAUUUAAGAGACAAUAUACAUUAAUAACUAUCAUAACAAUUAUAACAUUAGUUACUCUAUUUUUUUAUCUACGGCUAUGUUUUGCGGCUUUUAUACUUAACUAUUAUGAAAAUAACUGAAUUGUUAACACAACUAUUAACAAUAUUUCAUUUAAAAUAAUGUUAAUUAUAUCAUUUAUCUCUACAUUUAGUCUAAUUUUAAUUUCCACAAUCUAUUUAUUCUUAUAA